ACAAAUAGUUAUUGUCCAGUGCGUGCAAGAUGUCGCGUCGUGAUAUGCGCGUGGAGCGUGUGACGGAGUAUCCUCCGCCGCCGCCGAGCAAGUGUGCUAAGGUGCUGUACUACACGUGGAAGCUAUGCUCACUAGUCUUCUCUCACUUCGUGAUGAUCAGCCUGGUGGUUGCCUACUGCAUCCUUGGCGCUGUCACCUUCGAGCGGCUCGAGGCACAACACGAAAGAGAGGUGAAGAUGAACAUCUCCCAGAUCCGCAGCAACACGACUCAAAGCAUCUGGCACAUGACGCGUACUGUGCCACUCCUCAACCAGACCAACUGGACGUCAGACGUUGUUGACAUGCUUAAGGAUUUCGAGAAUGCGAUACUACUGGAGAUGAAGGUGCGGGGGUGGGACGGCAACGAAAGCACUGACCACAUUCAGUGGACCUUUACUGGUGCACUCUUUUAUAGCAUCAUUGUCAUCACUACUAUCGGUUACGGUCACAUCGCGCCCAAGACGCAGACUGGCAAGGUGGUGACCAUCUUCUACGCCAUCCUGGGCAUUCCACUCAUGCUGCUCUGCCUCUCCAACAUAGGAGAUGUCAUGGCUUCAUCGUUCAGAUUUCUGUACUGGCGCGUAUGCUGCUAUGUCUGCACAAGGCCGCCAAAACGAAGUCACCGACAUCAUCAUCCUUCAACGAGGCGCUCAAUGCGCGCGAGUCGUCGCCGGCGUCCUGUAGAGCGUGCGCAUUCCGAUACCGAUUUCAGGUAUCGUGACAGCGGCUACAGUAGCGGGCGGACGAAAAGAGUGCGACCGCCGGCUGCGACCCUACCUCCACGUACACGGUCCCAACCGCCGCUACAACGACCACAAGGUCGUGACGUGGAGGCAGGAGAGCGCUCACCGGCGCUCUAUGACCGUUACAAUCGCGAUAUGUAUCAAGAAGAAGACGAGGAUUUUCCAAAAAUUUCAUUGCCCCUGCAAGAUUUACAAGCAGCAUUGAAAGACUUAGAAGAUCAUCAGUUCAAAUUAAACUCUAAAACGGAACUUGCAGCGUACGACGGCGAUAGACGAUGGGGAGGGGAACGUUACAGAGAAGACCGGUGGAGGGGGGAAGACCGAUGGGAAGAUCAUCGAACCUUCGAUGAAAGACGGCCAGCGCCCCGACGUCUCUGUAGAUUGUACACCGUUGAUGAUAGUGGUAGACCGCGCAAUGGAUACAGUCCGUCGCCAGAGAGAGAUGAUUGGAGUGACGAGUUACCUCCAGUGCGGCGCAGGCCUCCAUCAGCUUGGGGCUCCCGACAAUCCGACCUGUACGCUGGUCCUGUUUCCACAAUACCUAGAGAAGAAAUAAAGCCGGUGCCGAUCUGGUUGUGCGUGCUGUUGGUAGCGUCGUACAUAGUGGCGGGUACAUUCCUUUUCAAGCGCUGGGAGGGCUGGGCAUACCUCGACGCCGCCUACUUCUGCUUCAUCACCCUCACAACUAUAGGUUUCGGGGACUUCGUUCCGGCUCAGGGUCGCGAGGGUGAGUCAGCUGAUGCAGUGCACUCGAUAGCACUCUGCUCUCUGUACCUCCUAUUCGGGAUAGCUCUCCUAGCGAUGUCUUUCAACUUGGUCCAGGAGGAGGUGCGUGCGCACGUCGCCGCCGUCGCCACCCGCCUCGGCAUCAUCAAACCACGUGACCCUCCUGAUCAUGACUACUGAUUUUAUAUGGAAAAGCAAGAACGCGGAGCAGUCACCGCUGGAACGAACUGAUGGUCUGAUAAGUUGUGUGUAGUUGCAGAAUUUAAUUCGCUACCCACUUUACAUCGAAAAUCGUAUAAUUAGCGAUAUAUCAAGUUUGUAAAAACUAAUGUGAACGCAAUUUUAAUGUGUGAAAGUGAGACAAAUAUAAUUUGACAUCCAGUUCUUUUAAUAGUAAA